AUGUAUGGCUAUUUCUAUGCUCAGUAUCUCUUCUCCGCUGUCAUUGUGUUGGUUAUCUCGAGUCUACUACCAUCCAUCGGAAAUCCGACCGAUCUAGAGUCUCUUGACACGGCCGUCGAAAUCCUCCAUAGAAUGAGUGAUCAUGGGAAUCUUGCAGCCGCGGAGUUUUACGAGAAUCUCAGGCGAGUUCAACAAGCUCUACCAACAGACAAAAAUGCUAGUGCGGAUCACGAUGGCCAAACCCAAAUGUCAGGACAGUCUCUCUAUAGUCCUAUCAACCCAACCACCGGAUCACACGCUCUAGAGCCCAAUGCUGCUACCUUUGCCGGUUUCACUACGGAGAUGGCGUUUUUGGAACCCACUAUGCAAGAUUUCCUAGGUAGAUCGGACAACGAGAUGGAUCUAAUUGAUCCGGAUCUACUCACGAUCGAGGGGGCAACAGGGCUGAACGCUUGGCCAACGCCUUUUUGGUCUUAA